UCCUUCUAGCUCAGAGUGGGUGCCUGCUACAAGAUGGCAGUGGACAACUCCACCAGUGGCCCCCACACUCUUGGGCCACAGCUGUUUGUGGCUGACAUCAUCGUCAUCGUGGUGUACUUUGCCCUGAAUGUGGCCGUGGGCAUAUGGGCCUCCUGUCGAGCCAGCAGGAACACGGUGACUGGCUACUUCCUGGCGAGCCGAGACAUGACAUGGUGGCCGAUUGGAGCCUCCCUCUUUGCCAGCAGUGAGGGUUCAGGCCUCUUCAUCGGACUGGCGGGCUCUGGCGCAGCGGGAGGACUGGCUGUGGCAGGCUUUGAGUGGAAUGCCACAUACGUGCUGCUGGCCCUGGCGUGGGUGUUUGUGCCCAUCUACAUCUCCUCGGAGAUCGUCACCAUGCCUGAAUACAUCGAGAAGCGCUAUGGAGGCCAGCGGAUCCGCAUGUACCUGUCUGUCUUGUCUCUGCUGAUGUCCGUCUUCACUAAGAUAUCGAUCGACCUGUACGCAGGGGCUCUCUUUGUGCACAUCUGCCUGGGCUGGAACUUCUACCUUUCCACCAUCCUCGUGCUCAUCAUCACAGCCCUGUACACCAUUGCAGGAGGCCUGGCUGCUGUGAUCUACACGGACGCCCUGCAAACGAUCAUCAUGGUAGUGGGGGCUGUCAUCUUGACUAUUAAAGCUUUCAACCAGAUCGGUGGGUACGAGCAGCUGGCGGCAGCCUAUGCCCGGGCCGUCCCAUCCAAGACCAUCACCAACGCAACCUGCCAUUUGCCACGUGCAGACGCUAUGCACAUGUUCCGAGACCCCUACACAGGGGACCUCCCAUGGACUGGAAUGACCUUUGGUCUGACCAUCAUGGCCACCUGGUACUGGUGCACUGACCAGGUCAUUGUGCAGCGGUCAUUGUCUGCCAGGAACCUGAACCAUGCCAAAGCGGGCUCUGUGCUGGCCAGCUACCUCAAGAUGCUGCCCAUGGGCCUGAUCAUCAUGCCGGGCAUGAUCAGCCGUGCUUUGUUCCCAGAUGACGUGGGCUGUGUGGUGCCAUCUGAGUGUCUGCGGGCCUGCGGGGCUGAGAUCGGCUGCUCCAACAUUGCCUACCCCAAGCUGGUCAUGGAACUGAUGCCCAUCGGUCUUCGGGGGCUGAUGAUCGCCGUGAUGAUGGCUGCACUCAUGUCGUCGCUGACCUCCAUCUUUAACAGCAGCAGCACACUCUUCACCAUGGACAUCUGGAGGAAGUUGCGGCCCUGUGCUGGGGAGCGAGAGCUGUUGCUGGUGGGACGGCUGGUCAUCGUGGUGCUCAUUGGCGUGAGCGUGGCCUGGAUCCCUGUCCUGCAGGGCUCCAAUAGUGGGCAGCUCUUCAUCUACAUGCAGUCGGUGACCAGCUCCCUGGCCCCUCCAGUGACUGCAGUCUUCAUCCUGGGCAUCUUCUGGCAGCGUGCCAAUGAGCAGGGGGCCUUCUGGGGCCUGAUGGCAGGGCUGGUGGUGGGCGCCUUGAGGCUGGUCCUGGAAUUCUUGAACCCAGCCCUACCCUGUGGCAACCCAGACACGCGGCCUGCCAUUCUGAGCAGCAUCCACUACCUGCACUUUGCUGUCGCCCUCUUUGUAUUCAGUGGAGCUGUGGUGGUGGCCGGGAGCCUGCUGACACCACCACCCCAGUGUGCUCAGAUCCAGAGCCUUACCUGGUGGACUCUGGCUCAGAACAUGCCCCUGGGAGCCCAAACAGGUGACAUCCGAGCAGCCCAGAAACAUGCUUUCUGGGCCCGUGUCUGUGGCUUCAAUGCCAUCCUCCUCAUGUGUGUCAACAUCUUCUUCUAUGCCUACUUCGCCUGACGCUGCCCACUGGGCAAGAAGGUGGGAGCCCUUAGAGUCUUCAGGUCCACCCUCCUCUCCCUAAUGAAAACACUGAGGCCCAGAGAUGGGUGAAACUCCUCAUAGCUACAUGGUGGGUUAGUGCCCAGGGACUGGCAAGCCAGCUAAGCAGGAGCCUUAAAAAAUUAGGGAGGAAAUGGGAGAAAAGAAUGUGAUACUUUAAAAAUGGUAGUCAUAAUUGGAAAGAAAAUUAGAUUUCUGAUGGAUAUUCU